UAUAUAUUGUAAUAAGAAAGAACAUUCAAGAAUAAAUAUUCAACUUCCCUUUUUUAUUUUUCCUUCAAUCAAAGCAGAAUCUGUGAACCUCUCUAAAACCCUAAUCAAGCUCUCCUCUCUAGCCUCCUCCCCCUCUUCACACAAAAGCUUCCUCCUUUAUUCUCGCCGGAUUGUCAGGACUCUCCUCGGUUCCAUCUUUCUCUGCCGCCAGGUUAAUUAACAGGACUAUGGCUACCGAGGAAGGUGUACAUGAGGCUCACCAAGUCUCUGAGGCUUUUGUGGUACAGUACUAUCAUAUUGUCGGAAAGGUGACUCAAGAAGCUCAUAAGCUUUAUGUAGAUGCUAGCGUUGUCAGCAGACCAGGUCCUGAUGGUACCAUGACCUCUCUCACAUCCCUUGAGGCUAUCGACAAGCAUUUUCUUUCAUGUGACUCUACUACAUUCGAGGUGCUUAGUGUCGACUCUCAGUCUUCCUUGGAAGACGGGAUUUUUGUUAUGGUGAUCGGUUUCUUGACCGGAGAAGACAACCUGAAGAGGAAGUUUUCACAAAUGUUCUAUCUGGCACGUCAAAACACUGCCUAUGUGGUUGUUAAUGACAUCUUUCGUUAUGUUGAUGAAGUGUCCUCCACUCCAACAACUCUUCCAGCUGCUGUUGAAUCUGUGCCAGAAACUGAGGUGGUGGAGCCUGUCCAUGCUCCUGCUGAAGUAAAGAACGUUGCUGAAGUGAAUACGGCUGUUGCUGAAGCUGCUACUCCGUUGGACAAUGGGAGUGACAAGCACUCUGUUGAAAAAUCUGUUACUGCUCAGAAACCUAAAGAGAUAGCUGCUGAUACAGCUGCUCCCCCGGUUGAUGCGGGAAAGAAAUCUUUUGCUGCAAUGGUUGCUUCAAUGGCGAGAAGCUCUGCUCCGUUCCAAGUUAAAGCAUCCCCGGUGGUUCAGAAACCUAAAUACAUGGCACCAUCUAAACCCCGUGAGGCGGCUCCAGCACCUAAGGCACCUACUGUUGCUGCUAGUAAACGUGAAAGGAAAAACGACCAGAGGAUUGUGGACGAGCCAGGCACUUCGAUAUUUGUGUCAAACCUGCCAAUGGAUGCAAUGCCGCCUCAGCUAUAUGAACUGUUCAAGGAGUUUGGUCCUAUCAAAGAACAUGGGGUUCAAGUCAGAAGCUCCAAUGCUCGUGGAACUUGCUUCGGUUUUGUUGCCUUUGAAGCUGUUACCUCUGUCCAGAGCGUGCUUGAGGCUGCCAAGAACAAUCCCUUCAAGCUUGGAGACCGUAAGCUUCGUGUAAAGGAAAAGCAAGUUGAGUAUGAUGGAAGCAAACCGUCUGGUGGGAAAAGGACGGAGAAUGGGUCUGCAGCAGAUGGAAGCAAGACAGAGAAUGGGUCUGCUGCAGAUGCGGAAGAUGACUUCAAGCCUAUCAGAAGCCGUAGGAACAGAAGUGAGAAGAAGGGAAACGGUCAAAACGAGAAGAACAGUGUGCAAACAACACCAAAACCAAAAGCCUGAUACUCGAGAAGAGUUCAUAUUUGCAGCAGCAGCCUUCUUAGAAAAUCUAUUAUUCUAAACCUUG